CCUUGAAACAAUUCAGCAGUUUCCUCAUUAGCGUCGAAGAAAUACGAGAGUGCAACAGAUUCCAGUUGCGACAACUUCUCAUCAUCUCCUCAUGCCUCUCUCUCUCCCUCUCUUUAUGUUCUGACAAUGCGCUGACGACGCUGCCGACGGCGACGCAGCUAAAUUGAUAAGAAAAACAUAGCAUUGAAAUUCAAUAUCAGUGCGAAAUACACAUAAAACAUUGAAAAAGAGCCUCCUCCACAGUCUGCGCUGUGGUGGGUUCUCUUGUUGUUGUUGUUGCUGUUGCUGUUGUCUCAGCAAUCGACAUUUGCUACCGGCAGCUGAAGCAGCGACUGCGACAGCGACUGCGGCAGAAGCAGAAGCAGCGACAGCAGCAGCGCACGAUCGUCGUCGCUUCAACUACGUCUACAACUCAGUCACAGUCUCAGUCACCGUCACCGUUGCCGUUGCCGUUGCCGUCGCAGUCAGAUUCGGUCUACACUUCCAAACAAAACGACGACGUCGUCGCUCAGCACCGGAUAGACAGCGUAGUGAGCGCGGCCAGCGAGGUUGCUUGUUUUUUCGCUGCCCAGGAAACCCACAGCCCACAGGCCCAAAAACCACCAACAACAAUAACAACAAGAGCACAAGCAACAAUUCAAGCCAACUACCAACUUGCAACUUGCAACUUGCAACAACAACAACGUCGUUCAACUGACAGUUGGUCUAGCAGGCCAAUAGCAUUGAUUUAUUUAAUUUGCGACGACUCCGAAAUACAUAAAAAUACAACAAAAUAAAAGCUGUGGCCGGCAGUUUAAAGCAAAACUGCACGUGGUGCCAUCUCCAUCAACUCCUUCUCCACCAACUGUUGCAGCAGCAACAGCAACAGCAGCAGCAGCAGCAACAGCGAGACAAAGGAAAAUUCGCCUUUGAAGUGUGCGCGUGGAUUUUUUUAGAAAGCCAAUCGCAUUGAUAAAUAAAUGCUCGAAAAUAAAUAAAUGCGCAAUUCGUGUGCCGAAAAAAAACAACACUGAGUGAAUGAACAGCGGGAAUGAACAAGUGAAAAAUGUUUGAAUACUCGAAAUACCCCAAAAUAAUUGAGUGUCUCAAACAUUUCCUAUAACUGCGGUGCCAUUAUAAAACCAAAUCUGUCGUUUUCGCUGUUGUCGUUCGACUCUAUAGUCUCGGGAUCAACUAAAGCCACCGCGAUAAGGCGCAUAAACAAUUCGAAAGCGCGGCAAAAACAGUUUCGUUCCGAAAACGUGCCAAGAAAUGUGCAAAAACUACAAUUUAACAGAAUAGUAAACAAAUUAAUCAAUUGUUAAUAAUUGAAUUAAAAUAGACAUCGCAUUUUAAAGUGUGUAAUAAAGCAGAGGCCAAAUUGUGAAAUUUAAACACUUAAAAUUUAACUCUAUAAUGUUGAUCCAAUAAGUACGCAAAUAAUUCUGUUAAAUAAAUGAAUCUGCAUUUAAUUGACUACGAAAAAGCAGAAUUAAUUACAAUCGUAAGUGAAAACUUUACUAAUUCGAUGUGAUUCCAAACUCAUUCCGAAUUUUGAAGUGUGAAACUUUAUUUUAUUGUCAAUGGAGCCUAACCCAAUGAAGCUAAUUAAGUAAAAACUUAAGACAAAAACAAAACAAAUUUACUCCGAAUAGACAUUAAAUCAACAUUGUUGUUAAUAAUAAACAAUAACUCCAAAAAACGCCAAAUUAAUUUAAGUAAGUCGGUAAAUAAUAUAAAUUUUAAAACAGUGCUUAAGAAUUUAAAACAAAUUUACUGCAUUAUUAACAAAUCAAUUCUUUAAACUCGCUGCCAAAAUAAUUCAACUAAAUAGUAAAUCCUACUCACUUAACUGACUCCAACAUUAACUCCGACUUUACCAUUUGACAAACAAAAGUGCCAAAGCAAAUCAAGGACAAGAAUUAAAAAGUGCCUAUAAAUUAAAUCCCACCUUCAAACCAAACAUUUAACCUAAAUAGUUGAACUUUCAAUAAAUCAACCACUACUACACUUGGGGCUAACAUAACUCAACCAAACAAAUAUUCCAGCCUCACCUAACUCACUCAAAAUUAAUUCUGAAAUUAUCAGCAAAAAGUGCAACUUAACUUAAAGCCAAUUAUUGAACUAUAACUAAAUCAAAUUUUCUGAUGAUGUAUUAAAUUAAAGCCGUUUGACUUUUAAUUAAUUAAAACCUGCAGUUUAAAUAACUCAACGAAACAGCAAGUCCAGCAGAACUUAACGUACUCAAAACUAAAUCCGAAAUUUCGAAAUAAAAGUGAUAAACAAAUUAAAGACAAGUAUACCAAAUUUCCUACAAAUUGAAUCCACACUUCAAACCACAACUAAAACAAAUUGACUCUUAGCAAAUCGACUGUUAAAACUUCUCAAUAUAACUCAACUAAACAACAGUUCAAACGGCGCUGAACUCACUCCGAAUUAACUCCGAAAUAUCCAUAUAGAAAGCUGCCUGCACAUUUAUUCAAAUUCAAACCACAUUCUACAACAAAUUUACUGCAUUAACUCUAGCAAAUCGACUAUUAAAACCUGCUGUCAAAAUAACUUAACUAAAAACCAAUUCAAGCAGCACUUGACCCACUCCGAAUUUACUCCGAAUUAACUCCGAAAUUACCAACAAUCAAUCACGAUGCGGACGUUUAAGCGCGGCUUCUACUGUGCGGAUCUCUCGCUCCGCUAUCCGUACCACGAAUGCACGAUCACGGUGCCCAUGCUCCUGGUGAUGAUGCUGCUGCUGCCCAUGCUCUUCAUCAGCGUGGUGGAGAUCAUGCGCAUCUGUCGCCAUCUGCGCAUGCGGCAAUAUCUGCGCAAUUUGUGGCGAGCGCAGGCAACAUUCAGCUUCGGCUUCAUCGCCACCUAUCUGACAACGGAGCUGGCCAAGCACGUGGUGGGUCGACUGCGUCCGCAUUUCUACAGUGCCUGCCAGCCGCGACUGCACGACGGCACCAGCUGCUCGGAUGCCCACAAUGCCGAUGUUUACGUGCAGCAAUUCUACUGCAGCAAUCGCAAUCUAUCGACGCAACAGUUGCGCGAGCUGCACGUUAGUUUUCCCAGCGCCCACAGCAGUCUCAGCUUCUAUUCGAUGUGUCUGCUGGCCUUCUAUGUGCACAGUGUAUGGCAGGGACGCGGCAGUGUGCGCGUCAUGAGGCACAUUCUCCAGUUUCUGUUGCUCAUGGCCGCGUGGUAUGUCUCGCUGAGCCGUGUGGCCGACUAUUGGCACCAUUGGUCCGAUGUCUUGGCUGGUGCCGUGUUGGGCGUUGUCUAUGCCACAAUCACGGCCAUUUAUGUGGGCGAUCUGUUGCAUGCACGGCCGCCGCACAACGUUAAUCCCGUUGCACUCGGCUACGUGUGUGCGCCAACCAGUUGCUGCUGCAGUUGCCACCACCAGCGCCAUCAUAAUCACCAUCAUCAUCAUCAUCAUCAGCUCCUGGGUGAGAAUAAUAAUUCGACGACGUCCACAAAGGUGCAUUUCUUGGCUGCCGCCGCCGCCGCUGUGGCAGCCACACCGCACCACACCGAUUGUGGGCAGCACCAUAUUGAAGUAGACGACAAUAUCGAGAUCGACAUCGACGACAGCAGAGACGAUCGCGACGACUGCGACGACGAUGACGACGGCAGCAGCAGCGACGCUGACGUUGACUACAAGCUGCCCACAUCGCGUAAUCCGACGCCGUCGCCACCGCCCCCGCCACCGCAUUCUGGAACGCUGAGCUUGCCAAAUGUGGUCUAAGAAAAAGAAAGAGAAGGAGAAGGAGACACUUAUCUGUUUUGGAUUUGAUGGGGUAAAUGCCCAUUGUGCAUUACGACAAAAUUUCGACAAUUUUUCCAUUUAGAAAUCGAAGCAAAACACCGAAAAAAACGACAAAAAAAAUGUGAUAAGCGCGCGGCGCAACUCUUUUUACCUGAUAUGCACAGUAGAGUAGACCAUGCUCAGACCAAGUACUCUGCAUGAUUUACGAAAUCCAAUGCCUCAAGACACGAGCACACACAUUGUGCAACACUCUGUGCGGUGCUGUGUGCUGUGGUGCAACAGUCUGGCAACGCUGCGGGCGCGCACAGUGGUCACGAAACGUGUUGUGGGCCAGCAAAAGCAGAAAAAGGCAAAUCUUGCACAUUAAAUUAAAAGAAAAUUUAAUUUGAUUUGGCAGCGGCAACGACAACAACGACGACGACGUCGACUUUAGCGUAUCUCUUGCCCCGUCUAUCUGCCUCGUCUUGUGGCUACUACGGCGGCCGGGCGCUUGUUUUGUUUGUAAACAAAGCCGCAGUCACGUCGCAGCCGCCUCUUUGAAGUGCCAACAACAACAACAACAACGUGCUUCAAUCAGCUGGCACAAUCUGCAGCUGCAGUCGACGCUGCAGUCGACGUCAACUGCGACUGCGACGUCGAAGUUGCUGCAUAGUUUUCAUUGCUUGCGCAGAGAUAAGGCCUUAUAAAUAAUGAACAAAUUACAAAUAAAAAAAACAAAAUCUGAAAACAAUAUUAAAAGAGACAGUUGUAGUUAAAGCACUCUAACAAUUCAUUAUAAAAGAUUUAUUGAACAAAAAAAAAAUAAAUAAAAACUAUUUAUUAGCAUUUACUUAGUGUUAAUUGAAUGUGUGAAAGAGAGAGACAGAGAUGUUGUCUGCUCUUUCGUUUGUGGAGGGACAAGUGUUUGCUCUCUGCUAUAAUAAAUAACACUUGUUUGUUUGUUGUUCAA